UCUCUUGAUGCUACAAGUGGGAUCAUUCGCUACAUUGCUCCAUCUCCUGAAUAUUAGCAAUACUCAGCUCUCUACUGACCACCGAAACCUAGCCGAACAACUUCUACAGUUCGGAAAUCAACUUAAAAAGUUAGGUCAACAUUGGAAGAAAAAUAAUCAUGCCACGAGCAACAUUCAGCACUCAAGUGUAAGCCAGAAAAAUUAUUUCCAAUCCCUACCUGUGACCGAUCAAUUUGAACCACAACAUGAUUACUUGAUUGAACUUGUGAACGGAAAGAACCAACGCUCUGGCGGCGAGGAUGAAGGGGCCAGCCCUCCAUAUGCUAGAGGAAAAUAUUUCAGUAAUGAAGUCAGACAAAAUUCCAUGAAGGAAAUUGAAAUUUUUGGAAGCAGCACAAGAAAACUCAAUGUUGGAUCCAACAAGGAAUCUGAAAUGAGCAAUUUCAAUAAUGAUCGCUUUAGAGAAAAAACAGUAGCCUUUGAACCAAUUGAUGGGAAAAUGGAUAUGGGAAAGCACUCAAUAGAACAAGAAACUCCAAGAAAAGCUUGGGAAAGCAAUGUAAUUAAUUCAAAGAUGACAAACCAUUUUAAUUCAAAUUCGGGAUUGCAAACACCGAACCGUAGAUCGAAUGCCGAAGUACAAAUUCAUGAAGAAAAAUCAGAAGUCCAAGAUAUUCCGCGCAAAAAUUUCAACGGCAGUUUUGAAUACGAUCGCACCAGCAACCUACAUCCGGAAAUCAUGAUGGAUUUUAUGAAUAUGAAUAAAAAAUCACAUGCAAAAAUUUUAGAAUUCAAUCAAUUAAAAGACGGAGUAGGAAAAUCCAAUCAGGGGUUUAAAGAAAUCUCCAGUGACUUUCAGAGUAACAACGAAGAAAGCGAACCGAAAAAUUCACUUUGGUUCGUUUCCCAAGAUGACCUGCCAAACGCGAAAAGAUUCAACAUCAAUAUCGAUGGCCAACUUGUGCAAGAUAAUUCGCAAAGAAAGCAUUCCCCUGAAUUUCCUGAAAAUCCUAAUAAAUUAGACAUUGGUGUCCAAGAAGGCAUUUUAGGAAGUAAAAGAAUACUUAAAAGACCUGAACGAUCGACGCUGCAUUCAAAAAUAAGAAGCUUGAGGUCCCUGGACACAUACGAGGGUUUCCCUCAAGAAGGCACCGCUAGUGCUACGCGACCCUGGCUUGCCCUCACUGCUCUCAGCGACAUCCCUGACGACCAGAAGACGUACAAGGCCGUGGAGCAGUUCUGUGCGGCGUCCCGGGCGGCUUGUCCAGCGGUGCCACAAGGGCCCCCGGGCCCCAGGGGCCAUAAGGGGGCAAAAGGGGACAGUGGGGACCGGGGCCUACCUGGCCCGCCGGGAAACCGGGGCCAUCCGGGCCUGCCGGGCCCUGGACCCGGCAAACUCCUGGGACGUCCUGGUCCCCCAGGUCUGGACGGAAGGGACGGUCUGCCAGGAGAGCCUGGACUGGACGGAAUCCCAGGACGGAAUGGCCUGGACGGAAUACCGGGGACGAACGGGAUGCCGGGGCUGGACGGAAUGCCUGGCAAAGACGGGCGGGACGGAAAAGACGGAAUGAAAGGCAGUAAAGGCAGUGCUGGGGAGAUCGGCCCCGUUGGACCGCCAGGCAUGACCGGCCCGCGGGGACGUCGGGGACAGGAUGGGGACCCGGGCAGUCCCGGCGCCCCGGGCAUCAGCACGUGGCGGGUCAACGGGACCGCGGUCCGGGACCUGCUCAUACCACCCUCUAUACCAGGCUACAGCCGCGCCGACGACCCGGCGGUGGUGCGCGAGGGCGACCACGUGCGUCUGCGCUGCACCGCCGCCGGCCACCCGCCACCCAAGGUGGUGUGGCGGCGGGAGGAUGGCGGGGCCAUCCCGACAGGGCGGUGGAAAGAUGCGUCAGUGGAAGGUUCAGUGAUGAACUUGACUCACGUGAGACGUGACCACGCGGGACGCUAUCGCUGCGAGGCCUUCAAUGGAGUCCCACCGGAUGCCUACAGAACUUAUCACCUACUCGUUCAGUUCGAGCCGUACCUGAAGGUGAAGGAGUGGAAGGUGGGGAGCCACAACGGCUCGUCGGCGCGGCUCGAGUGUCUCGUGGAGGCGCACCCGCUCGCCGAGACGCACUGGGAGGACAGGCUCGGGCGAGCCGUCGAGACCACCGACAGGAUCGUCGUGAGAUACGAGCCCGACCGACACGUCGAGUGGCGGGGCCUGAUGACGCUGAUAGUGACGGACCUUCAGCCUUCAGACUUCGGCGACUAUCACUGCAUCGCCAGGAACUCUCUGGCCAUCACGCGUGGCCUUGUCAGCAUCUACGAAAUAGGGUCCCGGAAUCACGUGUUGGCCCCAGGGACCACAUCUGGCAUCACUUACGGACCCGACCCGCCGGAAUACUCGGAGCUUUUCAACGACCUGUGCCCACCCCCCACCGUGUGCCCCACGUGCCCCAGGGCCCCAUCGGGCCAGGCUGGGGGCCAACAGCAAUGCCUCGACAUCGGCCAGUUCGCUGGGCGCACCUACGAAGGAUUCCAGAACAGGAGCCAAGAAUGCCAAGUGUCAGCCGUAGGCAAGCCCGUAUUCCACCGCCACACGAACGCGUCCCACGGUGCGUGGAUGCAGGAGGCCUGGGCGGCCGACCCUUCGUCCCAGAACACACCUCGCUUCUACACCACCGACCCCGCCCACCCCGCCAGCCUUCUCGAGUUUACUGAUAAGGAUAACUUCAGGAUGAACUUGUACCACAAGAACCACACGCUGCCCUACCACUUCACGGGCAGUUCCCACGUGGUCUACAACCAAACUUUUUUCUACCACCAACGCAACUCGUCCAACUUGGUGCGCUACGAGCUGCAGUCGGGCGUUGCCAUGAAGUUAGAGUUGCCACAACUCUCCGCCAACUCCAACCAUUUCCUUUACUCACACAGCAAAGAUAACCUGGACCUGAGUGCUGAUGAGAACGGUCUGUGGGCCGUAUAUGGCCUUAACAACAACACUAUUGUCGCCAAAAUACACCCCAGGACACUAAAGAUCGAGUACAGCUGGAACAUUUCCCUGAACCACCACAAGUUCGGCGAAAUGUUCGUCACGUGCGGCGUCCUGUACGGCAUCGACAGCGCUUCCGAGAGGGAGACUAAAAUAAGGCUUGCGUUCGAUUUGUUCACACAGACUUUAAUUGAGGUUGACAUCGCCUUCACUAACCCAUUCCAGCACACCACCAUGCUCAGCUACAACCCCCUCACCAAGGAACUUUACUCAUGGGAUGCGGGCAACCAGUUAAGCUACCCAAUCAAAUACGCGGAGCACAAGCAAGGACCUUCUCCGACGAGGGCCAGAGGCCGAGUGCCAUCUUUGCUAGGCUUAGGGUAGCGUUUUGCAUAAUCGAAUUAAGUAAUGAAUGUGGCACGUAUGUAUAAACAAUAUCAUUAUUGUUCAUAGCUGCAGUAAAGUAGUAGUGUUAGGAAUUUUGCAACAUUUUCAGAUAAGACUGUAUGUUGAACCCAAAAAUUGAAAUCAGGGUCGCUGACAGACGAUAAUUCGACUAUGACUUAUUAUAAUAUGGUUGAGACUCCGUUGUGUCAAUUAAUAGUACCCGUUUACUAAUCAAGUUUCGAUAUUAGAGAUUAAAUUAAUCGAUUUUAGUGUGAAGAUAUUACAGAUAACCGCAGAAGUGUAUAAGUGCGCAUGUAUAUUUUGAAAAUUGUAAAAACUCAAAUGCGACAGACUGUCAACAAUUUCUUUGUGAACUGGAAGGCUUUUUCGGAAGCCGUGCGAGUGCUUCACAAAUUUGAAUAUAUUUUUCGGCACACAUCCCUAAAAAUUAGCCGGCAGAGGACCUCAAGGACUUUCCAUAUUUGAACGUUAAAUAACAGCGACCGUUAAUUAGUUAAUUAAUUCAUUUAACAAUCGUCGAUACUGACUUACAAAAGUAUCAAUAAACGGAUAUUUUUCAAUAAUAUUAUAUUAUAGUAUUAUUCUGAAUUUU